CUAGUCCUUUAACAUGCCAUUCCAUUUUUACAAGUCGUACUACGCAGACCUCAAAUUUAAAAGUUUUAAUUUUAUAUUAAAAAUAUAUGUUGAUCCGAUUGGUUUUUAUUUCAAAAUUCUAAGUGAUAGAGUAGUCGUUAGUAGCUGGAAUACAAACCCCGAAGCAAAACCGAAAAAUCCAAAAAAGUCAAGAUGAGUAUCAUGCCGGAUGAGAGGCCUGCGAGCGUCUUCGCCGCUCCGAAGCCACCACCCAGCUGGGUGGAGUGGUGUGAGCGAAAUUCCAAGCCGAAAUGCAUUAGGAUUGUCCGUGAAAGGGUGGUCCCCACCCGAUGGCAGACACCGGGUCCGAUGAAGAAACCCGACUGGAAGUACUUCUACGAAUGGGCCGGCAAACGGGCUAUGCCGAAAGAGCUGCCGGAGCCGCCGCCAAGGAAAAUACCGUGCUUGAAGAAGUACUUACCCUGUGCCAGGAAGCCGAAGACCCCCGAUUGGGACGAGUUUGCCCAGAAAAUGAUAUAUCUGUCAACGCCUCUGGAUCGGAAGCGCAGCGAGAAGCACCAAUACGUCUACCCCGUACACCCCUACUCUCCCAUAAUCGUCUGGGGUCAACCGCCGCUGCACGACAAGGGACGACCCUUCGACCCUCCGAAGGUGCCAAAGUGCUUCCCCAACGAGGACAUCGAAGGAAAGUUUUGGGCCGAGCUGCGUUUCGCCGUCCGCAAGCCAGCCCUCAAGGCCAGGAUCUCUCCCCGUAUCCUGAGCAUUUCCAAGCCAAAGGUCAUGCCGCCCUAUCCGCCCCACUGCAUCAUUCCGGAGCACGUCUACGAUGUGCUGGAUGUGCCGCCGCCGCCGCGCAAGAAGUUCACGUCCCAGGGCUGGCGUCUCCACCAAAUCCGCCUGCUCUACCUCUCGAAGCCUGUGACGCGGCCUGAAUAUGAAUACUUUUAUAUGUAGUUUUAUCCUUGAAGGAUAAGACGCCCCUUCUUGUUGGUAUUUUGC